UCGACUUUCGUAUUCGAGUGGUUCGUGAUGCGGUCAACAGACUUGCGUUGCCUUGUGCUGUGAUGGAAAGUUAAAGUUUGCUCUAUUUAGUGUCAAUAAUUACUCAGUUGAAAAUGUUCUGACUAGAUAGUUUGGUGUUUGUUAACCAAUUUUCUAUGUUGAUUAAUUUUUAUCAGGUAAAAUUAUUGAACUGGAGACAUAGUAAGGACAAUGAAAGAGAAACAGCAAGCCAGCUUGUACGACAAACGAGGAAGAAUGGUCUCAAACAUGCGGCAGCCUCACACCCAACGCGCAAGCGAUAGAAGCAGUCACGAUGUGUGCCAUAAACUAUCUAACAAAUUUAUCCUAGACUCUUUAAAAAUUGAUAAGCCUGUUUUUAAUUCAAGUGAUAAGCCUGUUACUACCAACAAUCAGUACAAUCGACAAGGCAGUGUGAACUCAAAGCCUGCUACUAAGAAAUCAAAGCCUCAGCAGUGCUAUUACAUGAACAACAGCAACAAAUUUUUCCAGCCUAUCGAAGCUUUGUCCAAAGAAAAUUCUCCAAUCGCAGCUUCCCAGAAGAAGAAACCUAACCAAUCUAGGAACAGGAAUAGUCCAUCUUGGAACAGAGAUUGCACCCUAUCACCAAUUUUCACGUAUUACGCAGGAGCCAAAUUUAGCAGUCCUCCAUCUCCUGACGAGCUGCCAAAACCACCCACCACCUGGCUUCAACCUGCGCCUGGGUCCUGUACUUGCCCAUGUUCAAGCCCUUGCUCCAACUGUCCACCUGUGUCUUGUAAUAGCCAAAAUACUCUCCUGCACGUGCAAGCGUAAUCUUUGUGUUCCAACUGCAAAUCUCCGUGCUUUUCCUCGUUGACGAAUUAGUGAAGUUUUGUUGAAGUAUAAAAUUUGUUGUAGGUUUAAUAUUGAAGUGGUGUAACAGUAAUAGAAUCAUUGGUCUCGCUGCUCAAAUUUAGACCAAAGCAAUUUAGUAUCAAAGACUUUAUUAAGCGCAAUUCUCAGUACGUCUCCUCAGCUUACCUCUCCACUUAUCUUUUAUGUAAGAUUCUAAAUCAGUCAGAUU